ACUCGACUUGCGAGAGAAACGUGGCGAGUUGCUCAAGAGACGCGAUAAUGAAGCACAGGGCUAUGGAUGAUCGUGUCGCGAAAUGGCGAAAGACCUGGCUCGAAAUCUUAUCGGGCAAGGCAAAGAUGCUGUUGCGAGGUGCGAAGGCGAGCGAUGGUUGUUGACGAAGCCGGUUCUUGGAAGCUCAAGUGUGAAGCAGAAGAGAAUGGAUCUCUGCCGCAGAACGAAGCAAGAAGCUGGGAGGGAUGCGAGCCUUUUACGUGUGCGGAGCGACGGUAAUGCAAGUGGUCGAAGCUGGCGAGUCGGAUGCUGCAAGUCGGUGGUUACUCUGUUGUGUUGUGUCGUUGGAUAUGGUCUUGAUGCUGCAGGAGCUUCUAUCUGGGGACUGGGUUGGGUCAUUUCGCCGCCCGGCGCAGCCCUGCCUGCAGCCCGCUAAACCCUCUCGCUGCUGCCAGCCUCUGCCAACUCUCUGGUGUCUCUUCCACAAUAAUUACCUCAUCCCUCACACACCUCACACUUCACACUUCACACUUCACACCCCUCACACACCUCACCCAGUCUCACCAGAAGCUACAGUACGGGGCACGUUGCCUCAAGGGCCGGUCCUUGAAGGUUCUGGUUCAGCUCACCUGUACCUGGAAGACUUGAGAUGGCAAAGCAUGCUUCACUCGCUGGCUGUCUUUGCCUCCUGCCCUGAAUCUCCUCCACAUUCGCCUAGGUUAACUAUUCGAGCAUCCGGCCCACGAUGAGCGAGCCCUCAGCCCACAGUAAAGCACCGCGGGAGAUGGGCGCCUGAUGCCGAGCCUAUUUGCCCGCU